CCGUUCACAAAAAAGAAGAAAAAAAAAAAGAAACCCUCCUCUCCUCGUCCAGUCCCCCUUCCCGAGCCGCCGCCGGCGGCUUCGCUCCUCCCUACCGAGCCGGCGAGCCUCCGAGUCCGUCGACCCGUCCUUCAAGCAGUCAAGCUUCACUCCAUCAGACUACAAUACACUAUGACGGGAGAUGACAAAAACCGAGCAAGGAUUAGAAAACAAAACUCUGGAGCUCAUAAUAGAAGAGUCAAGCAACGUCAAGAUGAAAUGGCAAAAUCACUACAUGGCUCAAUUUCUAAGCUAUUCAAAGCAAAAACACAACAUUCUCUUCUCUUGAAUCAAGUUGAAGAAGCUAGUGCCACUACCAAUAUUAGUGAAAAUAUGGAUGAGGUCAUUGAGGAGCCCAUAAAUGAAGUCACUUAUGCGGAUGGAAGUCGUAAGGAGGAAGCUAGUGAUGAAGAUCAUGAAGAUCCUGUGAAUGAAAAUGUUCAUGAAAGCAUACUUGAUCUUGAGAAAGAUGUGGAAGUAAAUUAUGAUCCGGGAUUGUGGGGAAGUAUAAAUGAUACUAAGAGGGUGAUGAUAGUUCAACGUGGUCCUAUCAAGAUUUUAAUGAAAAAUGAUGAGUUUCCAAGUGAAAAGAAGAGUGGGAGAAAUAGAAGUUUUUCUUCCAAAUAUUAUAUCCGUGAAUUUCCAAAUGGCGAGAAGCAUGAAAGGAAAUGACUUGUCUAUUCAAAUGAACUGAAUAGGGUAUUUUGUUUUUGUUGCAAGUUGUUCAAGAAUAAACCAAUGACAACCAAUUUGGCGGAGAAUGGAAUAGACGAUUGGCAUAACCUUCCUACAAAGCUUAGAGAGCAUGAAAGUAAUCCGGAGCAUUGUGCAAAUGUUGUGAAGUGGGUUGACUUGCAAAAAGGACUAAAACUAAAGGCAACAAUUGAUAAAGAUAUAGAAGCACAAAUUGAAAAAGAGAAAACUCGUUGGAAGAUGAUACUAGUUCGAAUCAUUGCGGUUGUGAAGACUCUUUCUCGAAAUGGUUUGCCAUUUCGUGGAACUAAUGA